AUGCCCGGCUGCAAUUUGAGAAGGUCUGAAAGUGAGGAGUGGGAGAUUGAUGACCCGCGAGUCGGGCUGGCAUUCGGAUCCCCACUGCGCAGCCAGCUCCUCCUGCGCUUUCAGGCCAGGAAAUUUCACUUCCGUGAAGAAUAUUGCAUGAUGAGAAACAGCGAGUACCUGGAGGAGUUCCCCGGAGACGGCAGGGAGUGCGUGAACUGCGGGGCCAUGUCCACGCCGCUCUGGAGGAAGGACGGCACCGGCCACUACCUGUGCAACGCCUGCGGGCUCUACCCCAAAAAGGAACCUUCCCAAUUUGUCAUUUUUGUGGGUGCAUUCAUGCGUGUUUGGUUUGUUUGCUUGUUUUUGCAGUCCUCGUCCAGACGUGCUGGCCUAUGUUGCACUAACUGCCACACGACCAACACUACCCUCUGGAGAAGGAACGCCGAAGGGGAGCCCGUCUGCAACGCCUGCGGGCUCUACAUGAAGCUCCACGGGGUACCGCGACCUCUGGCCAUGAAAAAGGAAAGCAUCCAGACAAGGAAAAGGAAGCCUAAAAACAUUACUAAAGGCAAAACCUCAACAGGGUCUACGACUUCGGCCACUAACUCCCCUUCUUCCAUUACCAACUCAGACAGCACGGUCACUUUAAAGUCAGAGCCCAGCGCGACCUCGCAGUACCCUGGACAAUCCCUCGUGUCCGUCUCCCAGGCGCCAAGCCAGUCGGAGGACGCGCUGGCCGGCGGGAGAGGUUACUUCCUUAGAGCUGAGCUACAGCAAAAGAUCCCCGCCUGCCACGACCCUUGCCCGGCGCUUGCGAAGGCCGGCAACGCCGCGCUUCUCCCGCGCUGCCGGGCGCGCUGA